AUGAGAGAGCUCGUCAACAUUCCACUGGUACAUAUUCUUACUCUGGUCGCCUUCAGCGGAACUGAGAAACUUCCAAAAGCUCCUGUCAUCACCACUCCUCUUGAAACAGUGGAUGCCUUAGUUGAAGAAGUGGCUACUUUCAUGUGUGCAGUGGAAUCCUACCCCCAACCUGAGAUUUCCUGGACUAGAAAUAAAAUUCUCAUUAAGCUCUUUGACACCCGGUACAGCAUCCGGGAGAAUGGGCAGCUCCUCACCAUCCUGAGUGUGGAAGAUAGUGAUGAUGGCAUUUACUGCUGCACAGCCAACAAUGGUGUGGGAGGAGCUGUGGAGAGUUGUGGAGCCCUGCAAGUGAAGAUGAAACCUAAAAUAACACGUCCUCCCAUAAACGUGAAAAUAAUAGAGGGAUUAAAAGCAGUCCUACCAUGUACUACAAUGGGCAAUCCCAAACCAUCAGUGUCUUGGAUAAAGGGAGACAGCCCUCUCAGGGAAAACUCCCGAACUGCAGUUCUUGAAUCUGGGAGCUUGAGGAUUCAUAAUGUACAAAAGGAAGAUGCAGGACAGUAUCGGUGUGUGGCAAAAAACAGCCUCGGGACAGCAUAUUCCAAAGUGGUGAAGCUGGAAGUUGAGGUUUUUGCCAGGAUCCUGAGGGCUCCUGAAUCCCACAAUGUCACCUUUGGCUCCUUUGUGACCCUGCACUGUACAGCAACAGGCAUUCCUGUCCCCACCAUCACCUGGAUUGAAAACGGAAAUGCUGUUUCUUCUGGGUCUAUUCAAGAGAGUGUGAAAGACCGAGUGAUUGACUCAAGACUGCAACUGUUUAUCACCAAGCCAGGACUCUACACAUGUAUAGCUACCAACAAGCAUGGAGAGAAGUUCAGUACUUCCAAGGCUGCUGCCACCAUCAGCAUAGCAGAAUGGAGUAAACCACAGAAAGAUAACAAAGGCUACUGCGCCCAGUACAGAGGGGAGGUAUGUAAUGCAGUCCUGGCAAAAGAUGCUCUUGUUUUUCUCAACACCUCUUAUGCGGACCCUGAGGAGGCCCAAGAGCUACUGGUCCAUGCUGCCUGGAAUGAACUGAAAGUAGUGAGCCCACUCUGCCGGCCAGCUGCUGAGGCUUUAUUGUGUAACCACAUCUUCCAGGAGUGCAGUCCUGGAGUAGUGCCUACUCCUACUCCCAUUUGCAGAGAAUACUGCUUGGCAGUAAAGGAGCUCUUCUGUGCAAAAGAAUGGCUGGCAAUGGAAGAGAAGACCCACAGAGGACUCUACAGAUCUGAGAUGCAUUUGCUGUCUGUGCCAGACUGCAGCAAGCUCCCCAGCAUGCACUGGGAUCCCAUGGCCUGUGCCAGGCUGCCACAUCUAGAUUAUAACAAAGAAAACCUAAAAACAUUCCCACCAAUGACAUCCUCAAAGCCAAGUGUGGACAUUCCAGAUUUGCCUUCCUCUUCCUCUUCUUCCUUCUCUGUCUCACCUACGUACUCCAUGACUGUAAUAAUCUCCAUCAUGUCCAGCUUUGCAAUAUUUGUGCUUCUUACCAUAACUACUCUCUAUUGCUGCCGAAGAAGAAAACAAUGGAAAAAUAAGAAAAGAGAAUCAGCAGCAGUAACCCUCACCACACUGCCUUCUGAGCUCUUGCUAGAUAGACUUCAUCCCAACCCCAUGUACCAGAGGAUGCCACUCCUUUUGAACCCUAAAUUGCUCAGUCUGGAGUAUCCAAGGAAUAACAUUGAAUACGUGAGAGACAUCGGAGAGGGAGCAUUUGGAAGGGUGUUUCAAGCAAGGGCACCAGGCUUACUUCCCCAUGAACCUUUCACUAUGGUGGCGGUAAAGAUGCUCAAAGAAGAAGCCUCGGCAGAUAUGCAAGCGGACUUUCAGAGGGAGGCAGCCCUCAUGGCAGAAUUUGACAAUCCUAACAUUGUGAAACUCUUAGGCGUGUGUGCUGUUGGGAAGCCGAUGUGCCUGCUCUUUGAAUACAUGGCCUAUGGAGACCUCAAUGAGUUCCUCCGCAGCAUGUCCCCUCACACCGUGUGCAGCCUCAGCCACAAUGACUUGUCUAUGAGGGCUCAGGUCUCCAGUCCUGGACCCCCACCCCUCUCCUGUGCUGAGCAGCUUUGCAUUGCCAGGCAGGUGGCCGCUGGCAUGGCUUACCUCUCAGAACGUAAGUUUGUUCACCGAGAUUUAGCCACGAGGAACUGCCUGGUGGGCGAGAACAUGGUGGUGAAAAUUGCUGACUUUGGCCUCUCCAGAAACAUCUACUCAGCAGACUACUACAAAGCUAAUGAAAACGACGCUAUCCCUAUCCGUUGGAUGCCACCAGAGUCCAUUUUUUAUAACCGCUAUACUACAGAGUCUGAUGUGUGGGCCUAUGGUGUUGUCCUUUGGGAGAUCUUCUCCUAUGGCCUGCAGCCCUACUAUGGGAUGGCCCAUGAGGAGGUCAUUUACUAUGUGCGAGAUGGCAACAUCCUCUCCUGCCCUGAGAACUGCCCCAUGGAGCUGUACAAUCUCAUGCGUCUGUGUUGGAGCAAGAUGCCUGCAGACAGACCCAGUUUUGCCAGUAUUCACCGAAUUCUGGAACGCAUGUGUGAGAGGGCAGAGGGAACUGUGAGUGUCUAA